UGAGAAAAUUUGGACUUGGGAGAGAAGAACCAUCCGAAAUUCUCUCUGUAGAAAUUCUCUGUAGUCAAGAACAGCCGUGGAGAGAGAUCACAUGCAAUCUUCUUCCCAGUAAGUACGACGAGUAGCACUAGUGAAGUGAAUCUGCACCCUGGUCGUGCUACUACCAAACUCGAGUUCAAACUGCCAACCACCACAUUACCGGUUCGGUUUUCGUAGUGGGAGGAUGUGAGUGCAAAAGCCGUCGUGAUCGUCGUCUGAAAAGUGAGAGAGUGAGACUCGUCGUUUCUUUUCCUCUAAUUCGCAUCACUGCCAAAAUAAACGCGAUUUCUUUCAUUUUACCAUUUUCAUCUUUUCCUUUGUUGGCAAAAGGAGGGAGGAGGAGAGAGCGGAGAUCCACUUCACUGACUCUCGUGAAGCACUUUGAUUUGCGGUUUAAACUCAAAGAGAAAACAAGUCAGUCAAAAUUAAGGACAAAAACUGGGUGCAACUUUUUCAACCUCGGGAAGGAGAAUAUAUGGAAAGAUAACGAGACAGGAGGGAACAAAAAAUUGUUAUUUGUUGGCUAUUUAUUUCAAACAAAGGUUCAAGUGAAGUGGUGAAAAAUACAUAAAAUUUGACUUUUUCGGGAGAACUGGUAAUAAAAAUACGGCAAAUAUUAUUGAGGAUUUUGCAACGAGUUGUGAUUUUCCAUUGGAAAAUUUCAGUAAGGAAUUCUUCCCCUUCUACAAAUCGAGGAAUAUUUGGGAGCAAGUGUCAAAAUUAUCCCAAGAAAAAAGUCAGCAAUUGGAAUUGUUGCUUUUUUUAAGUGAACCAACUUUUUUUAAACAAGUGCUCCAUUGUUCUGCAUGUUCACAUUUCUCAUGUUGAAAUGUUGUGACACUUUUAAGAGCACACUUAACUUUGAGAGGACGAGAAAAAGGAGUGAAACAAGAGAGUCAGAGAGAUAGAUAAAUGCUGAAAUGUAAUUGAAAAACGACAGUGACUUGUUCUCUCUUAGGUGGUGCGACAGGCUGAACUUUUCUUGUUUAAAAAAUAACAAAUCUCAAAUACUCUGGAUGGAAUGGAAAGUGUGGAAUAAGUUGACAUUUAGUUUGAGAUUUAAUACGUCUUGCGUAAUAAAUUGGUCUAGACAGAUGAUGUAAGAGCAGGGUUUCAAAGAAAAAUUGCGUAAUUACCUGUAAUUUAAUUACAUUUUGCACAUCUUCAAAAUCUAAUAAAAACAAUUAGCAGCAACAACAACAAAGAAGAAUAAAAUAUGCGACAUGGCUUUUCCAACACUUGCAACAAAGUUAUUUGAACAUGAAGUGCUCGGAAAUGAAUACUGCUCUGGAUAUACGGAUCUCUUCAACAAUUGGAACACAGGGUUUUACUGUCCCCAGUCAGCAUCGUCCUUGGCAGUCCAUUGUUGCGGCACUCCAGAAUUCAAGUAUUGCUGUAUAGUAAAGCCAACUGGGUUACCUAUCGACUCGAUUCGUGAUGGAGAUGAUAUCUCAAUGUAUAUGUCUGACACCCCCGUGAUAAUCGCAAUAGCUUGUGGAAUUCUGGCUGUCGUCAUUUUGGUCAUCGUUUCCUCCUAUUUCUUCUGCUCGUGCUGCUUCAUCCACAAGAAACGCGCAAAUGUGCCUGGUGGCAUGUACCGGAUGGAAGAAUCGUCCACUACCAGCUUUCACCAGCAGCAACAGCAAACACAAAAUCAGUCCCUUCUCCCAAACAAUAACUCAUCCGCGGAAGGUUCAUCUAAUCAAAAUUCACGUCCAAUUAUUUCAAUUCAGCCUCAACAAAUGCAAACAAUUGGAAUGGUCGGUGGUGGUGGUGGUCAGCAGAAUCAGAAUCCAUCGACUUUCACUUCCGGAGGAGCAGGAGGACCAACCGCACUUUCACCCGUGGUCAGAAGCAGUAGUCUGAUGGGAUCCAAUGCAAUGCACCACAAUUGGAACGGUGGUGACGACUGUGAACCACACCAAACCGUAUUCCACAUCAAUAGCAACAUGAUUGGGAGUAGUCACCCUUCCUCCUCGAUACACAAUAAUAAUUCACAUUCUGCAAUCGGAAUUCUCCCACCGCCCGCGAGGUUUUCUUCUAAUCAGAACCUGACCAGUUAUGGCGGCGGGAUUGGUGGGCCGCUCAUCUACGGUGAUCGAAGUAACCCACGCGAGGUGCAAAAGUUGUAUGAAUAUGGACCAAUUUCUUCUCCUUACAUCCUCACCAAUAAUGGUGGAGGAGAAUACCUUCCAAGCCAUCAAUAUGGACCAAUUUCACCCUACGUUAAUCACAAUCAGUAUUUCCCUUCGAAUAAUGUUAAGGCCGGAGGGGUGAGUGGUGGUGGGGGCUACUGCACUUCAACGUUGCCAUCCAGCUUGCGAAGAUCUGGGUCUGGAUCGGCAUCAAUCACUUCCGCUACUGGAGGAGGAGGUCGUUCUGGCGUUGGUGGACCUCAACCGUUAAAGUCCAUCUUACGAAAUCCGUUAAAUCCGCAAAAUUCGACUAGCUCUUCGACCAGCUAUCAAUAUGCGCCUGCUUCCAUGCCAGGAAAUACGACGCCGAUUCGAAGUUACACGCCAAUGUCGAUGGGAAGCGUGGGCGGUAGCGGGGGCAGAAGAGUGACCACUGAAGAGUUCGACUUUGGAGAAUCACUCCUCGCAUCGGGAUCAGGGUCUGAUGAGCAUUCUUAUAACAGCUACAAUUUUCCGGAUUACAGUCCCAACAAUAACGGAGAUGGAAAUGGCGGCGGUGGGGGCGGUGCCCGUCCGACGAGUUACAGUCCAAGGCCUGCGCCACAGCGAAGAUUUUCUAAUCCUACGACGGAAUAUCAGAAUGAUAUCAAUCGACUUGGCAAUGAUUUGGAUCCAGAGUCACUCAGUCGACUAAUUGAGCUUGAUCUUGACUCUAAACUUUAAAAUCAUUCUUAGCAAAAAAAAAUAUGUAGCACGAAUCAACCAAUCACCGAAAAAGCACAAAUUAAAGAGGCAAUAUUAUAUGAAUUGAGUGGAAGAAUUAAAUGUUAUUAUUGUUAUCUUCUUAUAAAACUUUUACUAUUGUCUAUUAUUACGUAUUGAUAAUGAAAGAAUUUAUUGUUAUUUAUAUAUAAAACCAAUGUUAAAAUGUUACUGCUACUACUGAUACUUUAUACAUAAAUCAAAGAAAGAAUAACGUGGUGCUGGGUUUUACCUGCUGAACCUGUGGUAAAUAAAGUUUAAUCCUUUUAUGAAAUUUUGACAA